AUGAAACUUCGUGGAGUCAGCCUGGCAGUCGGCUUGUUCUUACUGGCCCUGAGUCUGUGGGGGCAGCCUGCAGAGGCUGCGGCUUGCUAUGGGUGUUCUCCAGGAUCAAAGUGUGACUGUAGUGCUGUAAAAGGAGAAAAGGGGGAGAGAGGAUUUCCAGGUUUGGAAGGCCAUCCAGGUUUGCCUGGAUUUCCAGGUCCAGAAGGGCCUCCAGGGCCUCAAGGACAGAAGGGUGAUGAUGGAAAUCCAGGGCCACCAGGACCAAAAGGGAUCAGAGGUCCUCCUGGACUUCCUGGAUUUCCAGGUACACCAGGUCUUCCAGGAAUGCCAGGCCAUGAUGGGGCCCCUGGACCUCAAGGUGUCCCUGGAUGCAAUGGAACCAAGGGAGAACGUGGAUUUCCAGGCAGUCCCGGUUUUCCUGGUUUACAGGGUCCUCCAGGACCUCCUGGGAUUCCAGGUAUGAAGGGUGAACCAGGUAGUAUAAUUAUGUCAUCACUGCCAGGACCAAAGGGUAAUCCAGGAUAUCCAGGUCCUCCUGGAGUACAAGGCCCAGCAGGUCCCAUUGGUAUACCAGGGCCAAUUGGUUCUCCAGGACCACCAGGUUUGAUGGGCCCUCCUGGUCCACCAGGACUUCCAGGACUAAAGGGUAAUAUGGGCUUAAAUUUUCAAGGACCCAAGGGAGAAAAGGGUGAGCAAGGUCUUCAGGGCCCUCCUGGGCCACCAGGGCAGAUCAGUGAACAGAAAAGACCAAUUGAUGUAGAAUUUCAGAAAGGAGAUCAGGGACUUCCAGGUGAACGAGGGCCUCCUGGACCUCCAGGGAUGCGUGGUCCUCCAGGCCCUCCAGGUGGUGUGAAAGGUGAGAAGGGUGAACAAGGAGACACUGGCAAAAGAGGUAAACCGGGCAAAGAUGGAGAGAAUGGCCAGCCAGGAAUUCCAGGUUUGCCUGGUGAUCCUGGUUACCCUGGUGAACCAGGAAGGAUUGGAGAAAAGGGCCAAAAAGGUGACAUUGGCCCACCUGGCCCUCCUGGACUUGUAAUUCCUAGGCCUGGGACUGGUGUAACUGUAGGAGAAAAAGGAAACAUGGGAUUACCUGGCUUGCCUGGAGAAAAAGGAGAACAAGGAUUUCCUGGAAUACAGGGUCUACCUGGCCUUCCUGGACCUCCAGGGACUGCAAUUAUGGGUCCUCCUGGUCUCCCUGGUUUUCCUGGAGAAAAGGGACAGAAAGGUGAUGAAGGCCCACCUGGAAUUUCUAUUCCUGGACCCCCUGGAUUUGAUGGACAGCCUGGGUCUCCUGGCCUUCCAGGGCCUCCUGGCCCUCCAGGUCCUCACAUCCCUCCUAGUGGUGAGAUGUGUGAACCAGGCCCCCCAGGCCCUCCAGGAUCUCCAGGUGAUAGAGGACUCCAAGGAGAACAAGGAGUGAAAGGUGACAAAGGUGACACCUGCUUCAACUGUAUUGGAACUGGUAUUUCAGGGCCUCCAGGUCAACCUGGUUUGCCAGGUCUUCCAGGUCCUCCAGGAUCUCUUGGUUUUCCUGGACACAAGGGUGAAAAAGGACAUGCUGGUGAAACUGGUCCCAAAGGAUUAAGAGGCAUACCAGGAGGUCCUGGUGCUCCAGGCUUUCCUGGACCUAAAGGUGAACCUGGUGACAUCCUCACUUUUCCAGGAAUGAAGGGUGAAAAGGGGGAGUUGGGUUUCCCUGGAUCUCCAGGUCUCCCUGGUUUACCUGGCAUACCUGGACAGGAUGGAUUGCCAGGGCUACCUGGUCCCAAAGGAGAACCCGGUGGAAUUGCUUUUAAGGGUGAAAGAGGUCCCCCUGGGAAGCCAGGUUUGCCAGGUCUCCCAGGGAAUAGAGGGCCUAUGGGCCCUAUUGGUAUUGGCCCUCCAGGCCCAAUGGGUGAAAAAGGCAUACAAGGUGUGGCAGGAAAUCCAGGCCAGCCAGGAAUACCAGGUCCUAAAGGUGAACCAGGUCAGACUAUAACCCAGCCAGGGAAGCCUGGCCUGCCUGGUAUUCCAGGCAGAGAUGGUGAAGUAGGUCUUCCAGGUGAUCCUGGACUCCCAGGCCAACCAGGCUUGCCAGGAAUACCAGGUAGCAAAGGAGAGCCAGGUAUCCCUGGAAUCGGGCUUCCUGGACCACCUGGUCCCAAAGGUUUUCCUGGAAUUCCAGGACCUCCAGGAGCACCUGGGACACCUGGAAGAAUGGGUCUAGAAGGCCCUUCUGGGCCACCAGGCUCUCCAGGACCAAAGGGAGAACCAGGAUUUGGGCUACAUGGGCCACCUGGGCCUCCAGGACCUCCAGGAUUCAAAGGAACACUUGGUCCAAAGGGGGAUCGUGGUUUCCCAGGACCUCCAGGUCCUACCGGACACACUGGAUUGGAUGGGCUACCUGGACCAAAAGGUGACGUUGGACCAAAUGGACAACCUGGGCCAAGGGGACCUCCAGGGCUACCAGGAAUAAGUGUUCAGGGACCACCAGGGCCACCAGGGAUUCCUGGACCAAUAGGCCAACCUGGCUUGCAUGGAAUACCAGGAGAGAAGGGGGAUCCAGGGCCUCCUGGGUUUGAUGUUCCAGGACCCCCUGGUGAGAGAGGCAGUCCAGGGAUCCCUGGAGCACCUGGUCCUGUGGGACCCCCAGGAUCGCCAGGUCUUCCAGGAAAAGCAGGCACCCCUGGAUUUCCAGGUACCAAAGGUGAAAUGGGUAUCAUGGGACCUCCAGGCCCACCAGGACCGUUGGGAAUUCCUGGCAGGAGUGGUGUUCCUGGUCUCAAAGGUGAUGAUGGUUUGCAAGGUCAGCCAGGGCUUCCUGGUCCUAUAGGAGAAAAAGGUGGUAAAGGAGAGCCUGGCCUUCCUGGCCCUCCUGGGCCAAUGGAUCCAGAUCUGCUGGGCUCAAAAGGCGAGAAGGGGGAGCCUGGUUUACCAGGUAUACCUGGAAUUUCAGGGCCAAAAGGUUACCAGGGUUUGCCUGGAGACCCAGGGCAACCUGGACCGCCUGGAAAACCUGGAUUACCAGGAUUACCAGGUCCCAAGGGUAGCCCUGGUCUCCCUGGGGAGCCAGGACUUACAGGACCACCUGGACUAAAAGGAAACAUAGGUGAUAUGGGAUUUCCAGGCCCUCAGGGUAUAAAAGGAUCCCCUGGUAUUCCCGGAGUUCCUGGACAACCUGGCUCCCCAGGAUUACCUGGACAGAAAGGAGAGAAAGGUGAUCCUGGUGUUUCAGGCAUUGGUAUUCCAGGUCUUCCUGGCACAAAGGGUGAACCUGGUCUGCCUGGAUACCCAGGGAAUCCUGGCAUCAAAGGUUCUAUGGGAGAUACUGGUUUGCCUGGAUUACCCGGGACUCCUGGAGCAAAAGGACAACCAGGCCUUCCUGGAUUCCCUGGAACCCCAGGCCCUCCUGGAUCAAAAGGUAUUACUGGUCCUCCUGGGAACCCUGGACUUCCAGGAGAACCUGGUCCUAUAGGUAGUGGAGGUCAUCCUGGGCCACCAGGGCCUCCAGGUGAAAAAGGCAAACCAGGUCAAGAUGGUAUUCCUGGACCAGCUGGACAGAAGGGUGAACCAGGCCAACCAGGCUUUGGAAUCCCAGGACCCCCUGGACUCCCAGGACUUUCUGGUCAAAAGGGUGAUGGAGGAUUACCUGGCAUUCCAGGAAACCCUGGCCUUCCAGGUCCAAAGGGUGAACCAGGCUACCCUGGUUUCCCUGGUGUGCAGGGUCCCCCAGGCCCUCCUGGUUCUCCAGGUCCAGCUCUACAGGGCCCUAAAGGCAACCCUGGGCUCCAAGGUCCUCCUGGGAGACCAGGUCCUACAGGUUUUCAAGGUCUACCAGGUCCAGAAGGUCCCCGGGGUCUCCCUGGAAAUGGGGGUAUUAAAGGAGAGAGAGGAAACCCGGGUCAACCUGGGCAACCUGGUUUGCCUGGUUUGAAAGGAGAUCAAGGACCACCAGGACUCCAGGGUAAUCCUGGCCGGCCAGGUCUCAAUGGAAUGAAAGGAGAUCCUGGUCUCCCUGGUGUUCCAGGAUUUCCAGGCAUGAAAGGACCCAGUGGAGUACCUGGUUCAGCUGGCCCUGAGGGGGAUCCAGGACUUAUUGGCCCCCCAGGCCCCCCUGGAUUGCCUGGUCCUUCAGGACAGAGUAUUAUAAUCAAAGGGGAUGCUGGUCCACCAGGGGUCCCAGGUCAGCCUGGAUUUAAAGGUCUAUCAGGACUACCAGGACCUCAAGGAUUACCAGGUCCAAUUGGCCCUCCAGGAGAUCCUGGGCGAAAUGGACUCCCUGGCUUUGAUGGUGCAGGAGGGCGCAAAGGAGAUCCAGGUCUGCCAGGCCAACCAGGUACCCGUGGUUUGGAUGGUCCCCCUGGGCCAGAUGGAUUGCAAGGUCCCCCAGGUCCCCCUGGAACUUCCUCUAUUGCCCAUGGAUUCCUCAUCACACGUCACAGCCAGACAACAGAAGCACCACAGUGCCCACAGGGAACUGUCCAGAUUUAUGAAGGCUUUUCUCUCCUGUAUGUACAAGGAAAUAAAAGAGCUCACGGUCAAGACUUGGGGACAGCUGGCAGCUGCCUUCGUCGCUUCAGUACCAUGCCUUUCAUGUUCUGCAACAUCAACAAUGUCUGUAACUUUGCUUCAAGAAAUGACUAUUCUUACUGGCUCUCCACUCCAGAGCCCAUGCCAAUGAACAUGGAGCCCUUGAAGGGCCAGAGCAUCCAGCCAUUUAUUAGUCGAUGUGCAGUGUGUGAAGCUCCAGCCGUGGUGAUUGCAGUUCAUAGUCAGACCAUCCAGAUUCCUCGUUGUCCUCAGGGAUGGGAUUCUCUUUGGAUUGGUUAUUCCUUCAUGAUGCAUACAAGUGCUGGGGCAGAGGGUUCAGGUCAAGCCCUGGCCUCCCCUGGUUCCUGCUUAGAAGAGUUUCGUUCAGCUCCUUUCAUUGAAUGCCAUGGGCGGGGUACCUGCAACUACUAUGCCAAUUCCUACAGUUUUUGGCUGGCAACUGUAGAUGUGUCAGACAUGUUCAGAAAACCUCAGUCAGAAACGCUGAAGACAGGAGACUUGAGGACACGUAUUAGCCGAUGUCAAGUGUGCAUGAAAAGGACAUAA